AUGGGUGGCGAUUCGACCCCCGGGAAACAUUCUCCUUCAGGGUCUGUGAGAAUGAUCGAGAAGCAGAAUUUGUGGGUUUCGCCAUCCUAUGUUAUGAAUCAUUUUGGAACCAGUGGAGUUUCCGUUGCUACUGCGACUGGCAUUACUCACCCUUUAGAUGUUCUCAAAGUUAGGCUGCAGAUGCAACUUGUUGGUCAGAGGGGUCCAUUAACUGGGUUGGGAGGACUUUUUCUUCAAGUUGUGAAAAAUGAAGGUCCUAGGUCACUGUAUUUGGGAUUGGCACCUGCAUUGAUGAGGUCAGUGUUUUAUGGAGGUCUCCGCUUAGGCUUGUAUGAACCGUCAAAAUAUGUAUGUGAAUUGGCUUUUGAGUCCACCAAUAUCUUGGUGAAGAUUGCGUCUGGAGCAUUCUCUGGUUCCCUUGCCACUGCACUGACCAACCCUAUGGAAGUUCUAAAGGUGAGGUUACAGAUGAAUCCAAACUCUAGCAGAGGACCACUUGGUGAAAUGCGGAAAAUAACUUCAAAGGAGGGAAUAACUGCUCUUUGGAAGGGGGUUGGCCCUGCUAUGGCUAGAGCUGCUGCUUUGACUGCAUCACAGCUGGCAACAUAUGACGAAUCCAAGCAGGUUUUGACAAUGUGGACACCUCUUGAAGAAGGAUUUUAUCUGCACUUAACCGCAAGUACAAUUGCAGGCGCAGUAAGCACCAUUAUAACAGCACCCAUCGACAUGAUUAAAACACGUCUCAUGUUGCAGCAAGAAUCAAGAAGCCUUGGAGCCUAUAAGAAUGGAUUCCAUUGCGCGUACCAGGUCCUGCUUAAAGAAGGUCCCAAAGGACUUUACAAAGGGGGUUUUGCAAUGUUUGCAAGAUUGGGUCCACAGACUACAAUCACCUUCAUACUCUGUGAGAAGCUGCGGGAGCUUGCUGGAUUGAAAGCAAUCUAG